AUGGCUACCGCAAAUACAGUCCAGCUUCAAUCUGCGUCCCAGCCGCAAUUCUCUCUCGAAGGCAUCCAGCAAGCAUCUACGCAGAAGGCCAGCGAGCUUCUGCAAGAGAACCAUGACAAGCACCACAUCUUCUUCAACCCGGAUGGCUUCCACAAUCACAUUGCUCAUCAGCUUCUCACGAUAUGGUCACUGAAGGCUAGUCCGGAGGACAUCCAGCGUGGGUACGACACAAAUCGAAGCUACCAAAGAGCAGCUAAGAAGCCACAGGCAACUAUCGUGAAGGAGCUUCACGAUCCAAAGAAGUUCAUCAGCUAUCUUGGACCACAAAAGUACUACAACGACUUCCUCGAAUUCUUUCAAGAGGAAAUCGACACGAAAGGCUGGCAAGAUGUUCUGCAAGAGUACGUCUUUGCCGGCGACGAGCGAGCAGAGACUAUGCUGGUCAGGAUGUACGCCGGAUUCUUGCACCCUAUCAUCCAUCUUGGAUUCGGGAUCGAGUUCGAACAGCCAGCCAUCAUCGCCGAAGCUCUCGCUCAAGCAUGUUGCCAUGACGAAUGGAUAGGAAGAGCACUCUUGCCAGCCGAGCAAGCCGCAAAGCAGAACGGAAACGACAAGAGCAUCGUUGAACUGCUUGACGAGCUUCGCUCAAACAAGGAGAUUUUCGACGCGCCACACUGGUCCGAUGGCAACAAGAUACGCGACGGUCUCCUCGCCCGCUCCCCAAAGCCGCUCAUUGACAUCAUCUCCCAAGUCCACGUUAAACCCUCCGACCUCGGAAUCAAAACAGCCGAAAUGACCAAUGCUGCAAUCCUCUACACAGCAGGCGCCCAGCGUCCUAACAAAACCAUCAAGUUCGACUUCUACUUCAUGCACUGCGUCAACGCCUCGAUUUUCUGGCCAACUUUCAACCGUCAAACAUGGCUCUCCGAAGCUUCCAAGAUCCGACUCCUCGAAUGGAAGAUUCGAUUGGACUUGACCAUGUACGCUUCACGGAAAUCGCCAGAGAUCAGACUCAACGACAUUCGAGAGUACACACCGAGGAAGUCGUCAGGUUGGGACGAAGUCUUUGCGAGAGCCUGUAAAUUCGAUGAUGAUGGCCAUGCUUCGAAAUUGGUGCGGGCUGUGGCGAAUGCAGAAAAGGUAUCGAAGCCUUUUGAGGGGAAGAAAGGGUUUACGUUGGAAGGUGAUGACUGGUUGAAGAUUGCUCAUAUGGUGAUUGACUCUGUGGAGAUGCAAGGAGAUCAUUGGAUCAGGAGUGCGGGCUUUGAUGAGGCGUGGGAGCAGGUGCCUGAAAGGAAGGGUGCAAGAUUGUGA